UAACUUAUAUUUGUUGGUUUGAGAGAGAAAAAGAGAGAGAGAGACAGAACAAAUAAAAUAUAUAUUUUUUUUAAUAUCUACAAUAUCUACAUGCACAAAGUAUGUAUGCUGUACACUUUAUAAGCGAUUCAUCACUUGUAUAAUGUUUUAUAGCUACUUAAUGCAAUAAUGCGAUUAAAUAAUCUCUCCGAAUUGUUUGUACCCUUUGUAUUGUUUAUCGGUCAUUUUGUAUACAUGUUUAUGGCAAACUAUUGUGGACAAAUAAUUAUUGAUCACAGUGCAGAGAUGUUGAAAGCCGCAUAUAAUACAUUAUGGUACGUAGCUCCAUUAUCGAUUCAAAAAUUGCUAUUAUUUCUACUAAAAUCAGUGAAAGAUUUUAAACUAGAGAUUGGUGGUAUGUUCGUUCCAUCUUUAGAAGGGUUUUCUACGCUUGUCACCUCAGUAAUGUCAUAUUUUACAGUAAUAUACAGUAUGUGAAAAUGAUAAAAUAAUAAAGAAAAGUUUACAAAUAGAAGCAAACGUUUGAUUAUGUAGAAAUAAUUGUACUGAUUAAGACAAAUUCAAACUUCUUAAAUACAUUUGGUAUCUUUUUAAACACAUUGCUGUUUACAGCAUGCUACAAAUUGCAAACAAGCAUGUAUUAUCGAUUUUGAUAAAAUUAUAACACACAUCAAAAUGUUAUUACACAAUUUUAUUAUAUGUAGUGUAUGUAGUGUAAUCUAAAUACAAAAUAUAUGAAAACAUUUAUCACUUAUUGCAGUAAAUAUCUAUGAUUAAAGUAAAAUUUUUGCUAUUUAAAUUAAUUUUAAUUAAUCAAUAAAUUAUACUUACAAAAUACAGAAAUUAUUAAAUUUGAUAAUUUUAAGUACUCUUUAGCUCAAUGCUUAUCAAAGUACACAUAAUUUUACAAAAUUUACACUUUAUUAUGUAAAUGCUAGUGCGUUGGCAUGCAUACCUAUAAUAAUAAAUUGUUCGAGAAAUGAAAUGUAAGUAAAACGACUAAAUUAUUUUUUAAUUUAUAAAUAUAUAUAUUGCAUGCGUUCUACUGUGUAGAAAUAGUAUAUUGUGCAACAAGUGCGAAAAGUCGGCUAUUGUCCGCCAAUGUGGGGAGAGAACAUACGAGGCAAACCCUUGCACGAGUAGAUAAUAAACCCGAAUUGCACUAGCUACACAAUUUUUAUUCUUCAAUAAAUGGCAUAAAUUAUGGCGAAAAACUUUCCAGCAAAAUUUUUUCUACAGGUUUGAUUAUUUUUUAUACUUUUGUCUUCUUUAUCGAACUCCAUUAGCAUAUAGUACUGAACUGAUCAAUAUAUCUAUAAAAGUAAUCGACAAAAUGAGAAGAAUAGAAGCUACAGCAUUGAAUAAAAAAUGAUUGAAAGUAGCCACCUUCGCGUUCUAUCCUUCUCAUUUUUGUUGAUUAUUUUUAUAAACUAUAUUUUAUAGACUAAUGGCUCAGUCCAGUAUUACACACUCGCAUGCACGUCAUCACGCAACACACAACACGCAUACAAUAACUUUUACAGAAUUACCGACGUUUUGCUUUCGCAAAUCUAAUCUUGGCUAACCUCUCAAUUCGUGUCACUCAAAGAUCAUUUUCAAUGCAUUUGUAACAAAAAUAUUAUGUGCAACACGUGCGGAUCGCCUUUUUUGUACUUGUGCUGAAAAAGCAACUUCCUUGUUACACAAUACAUAAUGUUGUUACAAGUUCAUAGAAAGUCGUUAUGUUCCUUUUUCGGAGAAAAUAUAGUUAUAAGUACAGCAAGUCAGUAAGAUUCACAUUUAGAGCGUAAGAUACAAUCAAUAUCAUACAUCUUAAUAUAUAUUACACACAUGAUUUAUUUACAUAUAAAAUAUUAAUAAUUAUAUAAAAUAUUAAUAAAGAAUGUCUCGGAUUUUAUCUUUCAAUUUUUAUUCGGUAUGUCUCCAUUUAUAACUUGUUUAAUUGAUUAAAGAAACUGAAGAAUUUCUACUCAAUUAUUCAUGAUAAAGUUGAGAUGAUAUUAUCUUGAUUGAAACUCUAACAACUUUUGACGUUAAUUUUACAUCACUGUGACUCUAUUAUAAUACUGCAUAAUGAUACUUGAUUAUGGAUAAAAAAACAUUUUACUUAUAACAUUUUUGUCAAAACAAUGUAACUGAUAUAGUUAUUUAAAAAAUGACAAUAAUAUACAUUAUAUACAAAGAAACUUUUUCUUGUAAAA